AUGCAUGAUCUUGUAAAUUUUCGUCAUGAAAAAUGUCCGCUGAAUGGUUUUGAAAAGGGAUUAAGGGUAUAUUCCCGUAUUGUUUCUAAGUUAGCUAUUUUUAAUUGUAAGACCUCGGAUAGAGGGUUAGAAUCAAAGGAAUUCAGACUAAAUUUUGCUGAGAGGUUAGAAUCUUAUUGUUUGUCAGACCAAGCUACUGCUGAGAGUACAGCUAUCAUAGAGCGGCUAAUUAUAAAACAAGUUUUUGAUACAUUGCUUGAAGAACAUUUUGGAAUCCAAAUAUCAGAGGAACAACGAAACAGUUGGAUUCAAGCGAACUUACGACUUGCUCAUAAAAGAGAUAAGGAAAGAAUAAGAUUAAUUUCUAAAUUUAUUGAAAAUCAAAUAGUAAGUGAAAGAAAUAUUACAGAAAACAAAGAUAAGAAAAUGGCAUUUGUUCCAUCGUGGCAUGCGUUAAAAAGCUUUUCUACUAAAGAUGAAAAUUUUAAAAUAUGGCUUAAAGAUUUUGAACUAUGUAUGGAAAUAGACAAUAUUCCUGAAGAUAAUAGAUUACUCAUUCUUAAAUUAAAACUUGGACAGGAUGUUCGUGAAUACUUAAGAUUAUUGAAAUUAGAGAAAGAUGGUCAUAGAGUUACUUACAAUGAACUUAAGAAGAUUUUGUUAAAUAAAUUUUCAUCACAAAUGUCCAUGCAGAAUGCUCGUGCUAAACUCCGCAAUUUUGUUUUGGAUCAUAAACCAGAAUAUAUAGUUAAAUCAUUAGAGGAAUUGACUUCAUUAGUUAGUGCUUCAGUGUCACAAAUGGAUGAACAAGCUCUCAUGGAUUAUCAAUUUUCUAGAAUUGAAUCUUUUUUGAAAGGAGAUUUAUGGACAAGAUUCCAUAACCAUUCAUUUAGAUAUAAAACAUUAACUGAAGCUUUCCUGGAUUUGGAAAAUGAAGCCAAAAGUAUCAACAUGAAAGGAAGAAACAAAGAUAAUGAUAGAAACUCAUUUAAGAAUACUACAUUCCUUGGCACCUGUUUUUUUUGUCAUAAAAGAGGUCAUAAAUAUGUUGAAUGUAGAAGUAGAUUGAAUAAGAAUAAUACGAAUAAUGGUAGAGAUAAUAAUGAAUCUAGUAAUAAUUCUGAAAGUACAAAAUUUAAGUUCAAUAAUAAAAAUUCUGGAUUUUAUAAACAUAACUUGAAUUUAUCAUGUCUUCAAGAUUAUGGUUUACCUUUAAUUGAAGUCAAAGUAAAUGAUUCAAAAUAUACUGCACUUAUUGAUACUGGAGCAAAUGUAGCUACGAUAAGACAAAGUAUAGUCUUAAGAUAUAAUUUUAUUUUGGAACCAUGUGAUAUUUCAGUUAGACAAUCAUGUGGCACAGUAUCUAAACCAUUAGGAAAAGUAAAAAUUCCCAUAAAAAUUAAAAAGGUUUGUAAAGAAAUUGAAUUAUUAUGUUUCAAAGACCAAGAGGUAGAUGAUUUGUAUGAUAUUAUUCUUGACAUAAAAGCUAUCAAAUGUUUUAAUAUGAAAAUUGAUUUGCCUUCCCAUCUCAUUAAGAUAAAUGAUGAGGAAAUUAAUUUAAUAGAAGUUAUAAAAGAUUAUUCACGUACUUGUAAUAAUUUGACGUUAAAGGAACCAAGUAUGAAUCAUGUGGAUAUAAUAAGUAAAUUAGAAGAAAUAUUACCUGAGUUAUCUCAGAUUAAAAAGGAUAGUGAAAAUUAUAAAGAAUCAGUGUUUGAGGCUCCUAAACAGUAUUUUACAACAGAUAUUCCUUAUAAAUUUGUACGUUAUCAAGUUCCUAAGAAGUUGAAAAAGUUGAUGGAUGAAAAACUUGAUUAUUUAAUUAAAAAUAAAAUUAUUGUAUCAAGCGAUACGCUUUAUUUGCACAAUAUAAUUUUAAUAAAGAAAAGUGAUAAUACUUAUAGACUCUGUAGUGAUAUGAGACCAACUAAUAAGAUUACUAUAAUCGAUAGAUACCCUGUAGCUGAUUUACGUGAAGUUUUGUCAGGACUUUAUGAUUUCAAAUAUUUUAGUUCUCUGGAUAUAAAGAAAGCCUUCCAACUAAUUGCUAUAAAAAAAAAGACUAGCCAAGAUUCGGCUUAUAUACUCAUAGAGGCACAUUUAUGUUCACCAAACUAUAAGUGUUUGCUAGAUGCACAAUUAGAUAGAAGUGCAAAAACUUAUUUCGACGAUGUUUUAGUUAAAACAUCUGGGAAUCUUAUGGAACAUUUGAGAAUGGUAGCUAAAGUAAUUUUAGCUUUAACUAAUUGUAGACUAGCCAUCAACUCUAAGAAAUGUAAAAUUGCUCAUCAAUCAUUGGAAUUUUUGGGUCACGAAAUUACACAGCAUUAUAUUAAACCUUCUGCAUCUAUUAUUAAAUGUAUUCAAGAAUUGGUAAUUGAAAAAUCUAUCACAGGUGUUAAAUCCUUUCUUGGUAUGAUAGGAUUUUUCAGUAAUUUAAUUCCAUCGUAUGCUGAAAAAUGUAACCCGCUCACUAUGUUAUUAUCAACUAAAAAUAGAUUCUGUUGGACUGAUUCUUAA